AUGGCUGGAGAGGAUGUCGACCCCAAGUCCAGUGCUUCUGCUUCUGUUGUCCCGUAUGUGUUCUUCUUCUUUUUGUCAGAUGUCCUGCCACAGUUUCUCCUCAGUAACCAUGUUGUAGAGACCACCAUGAUGGAUGGCACGAUGAUUGCUUCGAGGGAGUUUUUCAAGCGGCCACUCGAAGACAAGAAAAGGUACACCAACCUAAUCGGCGGUGAGCAAUUCCAGUUUGAGGGGUACCGGAACGACCGGGUGAGGUCGCCGGACCAGAUCCUAGACUGGCCUGACUGCCUCUACCUCAAGGGAUAUUCUGCACAACUUCACAAAAAAUGUGGGGGAGUGAAGGACGAUCUGCUCCGGGCAAUGGCGAAGCUACUGCAGUUUGACGAUGACGACUACUUUGUGGACCAGCUCGGGGAGAAGGCUGAAACUAACGUUGUGACAAAUGCAAAGAAAGAGAGGCUAUCAGUAGCUGUAGACUAUUCUGUUGACCAUGAGAGAGAAAUCGAGCCAUGGGCUCAGCUGAUCGAUAAGAAGAGACCAGCACUGUACAUGAAAGUAAAGGUCAAGGACUACAUUGCCGGGCUGUAUGAACAUUUCUCUCAGGGAACGAUGGUUAUUGAUACACUGCAGAUAUAA